CCGGCCGGCGUUCCCGUUACGCCGCCGAGCCGGGAGCCGCGGAGCCCGAGCCCGCGGCCGCAGCGGGAGGCGGCGCGGGGCCCGGCGGCGGCGGCGGGGCCUGCGGGGCCUGCGGGCGCGCGCCGGGCCGGCCAGGGCGGCCAUGGCGACCAGGAAGGCGGGCUCGCGGCUGGAGACGGAGAUCGAGCGCUGCCGCUCCGAGUGCCAGUGGGAGCGGAUCCCCGAGCUGGUCAAGCAGCUGUCGGCCAAGCUCAUCGCCAACGAUGAUAUGGCUGAGCUUCUCCUAGGGGAGUCAAAGCUGGAGCAGCACUUGAAGGAGAAGCCCCUACGGCAGGGAGCCAGUCCCAGGGGCCCCAGACCACAGCUGACUGAAGUGCGCAAGCAUCUGACCGCUGCCCUGGAUCGAGGGAACCUCAAGUCAGAAUUCCUACAAGAAUCCAAUCUGAUCAUGGCCAAGCUUAAUUAUGUGGAAGGAGAUUAUAAGGAAGCCCUGAACAUCUAUGCCCGGGUGGGCCUUGAUGACUUGCCACUGACAGCCGUGCCCCCCUACAGGUUGCGGAUGAUUGCUGAAGCCUAUGCUACCAAAGGACUUUGUUUAGAGAAGCUGCCUAUUUCAUCUUCUACCAGUGAUCUCCAUGUGGACCGGGAGCAGGAUGUCAUCACAUGCUAUGAGAAAGCUGGGGACAUUGCACUCUUGUACCUCCAGGAGAUAGAAAGGGUAAUACUAACUAAUAUUCAGAACAGAAGCCCUAAGCCUGGCCCUGCUCCCCACGAUCAAGAACUAGGCUUUUUCCUAGAAACAGGACUUCAGAGAGCCCAUGUCCUCUAUUUCAAAAAUGGGAUAGAUGUGCAUGAAGACCAACAGAACUUGACAAGAGGAGUCGGGAGAUUUAGGGAGCUUCUCCGAGCAGUGGAGACGAGAACAACACAGAACCUGCGAAUGACAAUAGCCAGACAGUUGGCAGAAAUCUUGUUACGGGGCAUGUGUGAGCAGAGCUACUGGAACCCUCUAGAAGAUCCUCCCUGCCAGUCACCUCUGGAUGACCCUCUCCGGAAAGGAGCAAACACCAAAACCUACACACUCCCUCGCAGAGCCCGUGUCUACUCAGGAGAGAACAUUUUUUGUCCUCAAGAAAAUACUGAAGAGGCGCUGCUGUUGCUGCUCAUUAGUGAGUCUAUGGCCAACAGAGAUGCCGUGCUAAGCAGGAUCCCCGAACACAAGAGUGACCGCCUCAUCAGCCUGCAAAGCGCAUCUGUGGUCUAUGAUUUACUGACCAUUGCUCUUGGAAGAAGAGGCCAGUAUGAGAUGCUGUCAGAGUGCUUAGAAAGAGCCAUGAAGUUUGCUUUUGAGGAGUUCCACCUCUGGUACCAAUUUGCUCUGUCGCUGAUGGCUGCUGGAAAGUCUGCCCGUGCUGUGAAGGUGCUGAAGGAAUGUAUCCGGCUAAAGCCGGAUGAUGCCACCAUCCCCCUUCUGGCAGCCAAGCUGUGUGUGGGUUCCCUUCACUGGUUGGAAGAAGCUGAGAAGUUUGCCAAAACCGUUGUUGAUGUGGGAGAGAAAACGUCAGAAUUCAAGGCCAAAGGCUACCUAGCUCUGGGACUCACAUAUAGCCUGCAAGCCACUGAUGCUUCUUUGCGAGGGAUGCAGGAGGUCCUGCAGAGGAAGGCGCUUCUUGCAUUUCAGAGGGCCCAUAGCCUGUCACCUACAGAUCACCAAACAGCAUUCUACCUGGCUCUGCAGCUCGCCAUCUCCAGACAGAUACCAGAAGCUCUAGGAUACGUCCGCCAAGCUCUUCAGCUCCAAGGUGACGAUGCCAACUCCCUGCACCUCCUUGCUCUCCUGCUGUCAGCCCAGAAGCACUACCAUGACGCUCUCAACAUCAUCGACAUGGCCCUGAGCGAGUACCCAGAAAAUUUUAUACUACUGUUUUCCAAAGUGAAGUUGGAGUCGCUCUGCCGGGGCCCGGAUGAGGCACUGCUCACCUGUAAGCACAUGCUACAGAUAUGGAAAUCCUGCUACAACCUUACUAACCCCAGUGACUCUGGACGUGGGAGCAGCCUCUUAGAUAGAACCAUCGCUGACAGAAGACAGCUUAAUACAAUCACUUUGCCAGACUUCAGUGAUCCUGAGACAGUGUCAGACUCCUCCUCCUCCUCUUCUCUCUCAAGAACCGAAUCUCCUCUCCACCUGUCUGUGUCUCCUCCUCUUCAUCCUCAUCCCAAACCUGACAUCUUUGUGUGGCCCCCUGCCGCUCAUUCAUUCAGUGACCCAGGUCCCCAUCUGGAACCUUCACUCUGCAACUCUCCAGAAGCACACUUUCAUGGUUUUCCCUCCCUCUUUUCAGUUAGCUCCGUCCAUGCCACAUCAGUAGCAGCCUCACGAGUGGAGCAAGCCCUGUCAGAAGUGGCCUCAUCUCUGCAGAGCAGUGCCCCCAAGCAGGGUCCGCUGCAUCCCUGGAUGACACUGGCACAGAUCUGGCUCCAUGCAGCUGAGGUCUACAUUGGCAUUGGAAAGCCUGCUGAAGCCACAGCCUGUACCCAAGAAGCUGCCAACCUCUUCCCAAUGUCCCACAAUGUCCUAUACAUGCGGGGCCAGGUUGCUGAGCUUCGAGGAAACUUUGAUGAGGCCCGGCGGUGGUACGAAGAAGCCUUAUCCAUCAGUCCUACUCAUGUGAAGAGCAUGCAGCGACUGGCGCUGGUCCUUCACCAGCUGGGCCGCUACAGUCUAGCUGAGAAGAUCCUCCGAGACGCAGUGCAGGUGAACUCGACAGCCCACGAGGUCUGGAAUGGGCUUGGCGAGGUCCUCCAAGCUCAGGGCAACGACGCGGCAGCCACAGAGUGCUUCCUGACGGCCCUGGAGCUGGAGGCCAGCAGCCCUGCUGUGCCCUUCACCGUCAUCCCCAGGGUGCUCUGAGGGGCCACCCGCCUCGCCCGCUGCGCAGGCCCAGGGUGCUCUGUGUGGACACCAGGGGUCAUCCUGUCACCCAGUGGACAGAUCUGCAGUACUGAGGCCCUGGCGGGAGCUCUGCCCACAGUGGAUUAACCACGCCGACCCUGAAUCAUCGCUCUCCCCUCCUGCAUUCAUCCACUCUUGUUGUUUUUGCCAGAUCCACGAUCAUUUUCUGAAUCUACUCAUGUUGUUCCAAAUGGAUUAUGUGCCAUAUUCAGUUAGUUGACACCUGGGUUUUAAGUGAAAUGAUUACAGACUUAAUCAGAGAAUGUAGAAGAAUGUAUUCCAGGUUAAAAUUCAGUGGCAGAACAGAUUAUUUUUAUCAGCGCUAUAAUGAAAGCAACGGCCCUGCCCUCUGCGGCCCUUCCACCUCUCCUGCCCCUCCCUUGGCCCAAAACCAAAUGUGAAUUUUCUGUUUCCCACCUCAGUACUCGUCCAUGCCAGGACACCAGCUGACAACUUCUCAGUUUUAUUGUCAACAGUUGUACCAUGUGGUGAAUUACUGUUCUCCUACUUAGAACAAAGCCUGAGUCUAAGAGUAUUUAUAUUUUACCGAUAUAUGGCUGUUACAAGAGAAGGAAAUAUGAGUUAUUUAAGUUUAACUUUUUUAUGUGAAUUCAGAGUUUAUUUAUCGAUGGAAAUAUGUACAAAGAAGCUUCAAAUGGAAUAUUUACCGACAUUCCUUAUACAUGACAGGCACUUGGCUAAACAGGAAGAUGAUGUUAAUAAAAAAAUGAUUUUUAAAUGGA